AUGAGUCUAGAUAACCAACAACAACAAUUACAACAACCAUUACCACCAAAAUCACAUCUUGCCACUCCAAACAUAUAUUCUCCAAGCUCUACUCCACUAUCACAUAGAUCCUCUCCUGCUCCACCAAGAUCAAAAGAAUUCCAAUUCACUAAAACCAAAAGAUAUUAUGGUGUCGUUAAAUUAAACCAGUAUAAAAUAUUAAAACAAUUAGGGAAAGGUACUUUUGGUGUUGUUUUCAAAGGUCAAGAUCGUACCAAAAACCACUAUGUUGCCAUUAAAAGAAUCAUUAGACAUUCAAAGUCUGAUGGUUUCCCAAUUACUGCUUUCAGAGAAAUUACUAUAUUAAAAGAAUUACAAGAAUCUAAUAAUAAUAACAAUGAUUCAAAUUCUUCUGAAAAUAUCAUUGAAUUACUAGAUAUGAUUCAUGAUAGACCUGCUCCAAAUGAUGACUAUGAAAAUUAUGAUCCAAAUAGAAUUGAUCAUAAAAUACGAAAAGAUUUUUUCAUGGUUUUCCCUUAUAUGUCAUUUGAUUUAACUGGGAUAUUAGGAAAUCCUGAUAUUAGAUUAAAAGAAACUGAUAUAAAAUCUAUAAUGAAACAAUUAUUAAAAGGUAUAAAUUUUAUUCAUUCCAAAAAUUUCCUUCAUAGAGAUAUAAAGGCUUCAAAUAUCUUGAUUGAUGUUAAUGGUAUAGUUAAAAUUGCAGAUUUUGGUCUUGCAAGAGAUUAUAUUGGUCCAAUUCCAACUAAAGCUUUACCAGGUGGUGGUAAUCAACCUUUAACUGAAGUUGUUAUGACAAGAUGGUAUAGAGCUCCUGAAGUUUUAUUUGGUGAUAGAAAUUAUACUACAGCUGUUGAUAUUUGGGGGAUUGGUUGUGUAUUUGGUGAAUUAUAUGAAAGAAAACCAAUAUUACCAGGUAAAUCUGAUUUACAACAAGUUUAUGAUAUUUUCCAAUUAGUUGGUGAUGCAAAUUUAGAAAAUUAUCCAAAUUUAAAUAUGGAUAAAAUUAAUGAAAAAAAAAUUAUUUUAAAAAAUUAUGAACCAAAUAUUUUUAAAAGAUUUAAAAAUUUAAUGUUACCUGAAGGUAUUGAAUUAUUAAAAGAAAUGUUAACUCUAUAUCCAAUGUCAAGAAUUACCGGGGUUGGUGCAUUAGAUCAUCCAUACUUCCAUACAAAUCCAUUACCAACUGAUACUGUUGAUAUUAAUUUUAAUGAAUGUCAUGAAGCUGAUAUACCAAAAUUUAAAGAAUUACAAAAAAAUCAACAACAACAACAACAAUUACAAAAACCAACAAAUCCAUUAAGUAGAAGACCACCACCAUCAUCAUCCAUAAUACCACAAAAUAAAGCACUGCCAAUAAAACCUCCAUUAUCUGCAGGAUCUAUUCAAUCAGGUCCUAUUCCACCAGGUCCAACAGGUCCAGUGGCAGGUCCAAUUACAUCAAACUCAAUUACUCAACAAAUAAAUCAACAUAUAAAUCCACAAUUAACAAGACCAAGAUCAAAUUUCAUUAAAGAUAAUAGACAACAAAGAUCUGCACAUCCACAAGAUUUAGAAACUCCACCUCCUGUACCUUUUAACAAUAAUAGUCAUAAUCAUAACAAUAAUAAUAAUAAUAAUUUUAAUCAUCAUAAUAAUUAUGGUAACUAUGGUGGAAACCAAGGUGGGUAUCAUGAUUAUAGAUCAAGAAAUUCAAAUAAUCAACAAUAUAGAUCAAGAAAUUAUGGAAAUUAUGGAAAUAAUAAUAACGGAGGUGGUGCAGGUAAUUGGGGGAAUUCAAAUAGUUUUAAUGGAUAUACAGGUGGAUAUCAAGAUGAUUUCAAUUCAAAUCCAAAACCAAACACAAUUCCAAACACAAUUCCAAAUCCAAAUCCUAAUCCAAAUCCAAAUUCAAAUCAUAUCCCAAUACCACCAAAUCGUAAACAACAAGAAUUAGAACAACAACAAACCCAACAAAUCCCAUCUAAAAGACCAUAUCCAAAUCCAAAUGAAUUAGAUCAACAAGCACAAGUUUCAGGACAACAAGAUAUAAAUGGAAAUGGAUUACCUAAAUAUUAUCCAACUGAUAAAAAUUUUAAUAAUUCUCAUAUAUCAAAUUUAUCAAAUUUAGAUCAAAGUGGAGGAUUACAAAGGAAACAACGAAAAUAUUCAAAUGAUCGUUAUCAAAAUUAUGGGAAUCAUUAUGGGAAUAAUGGAGGUGGUAAUAGAAGACCUUAUAAUAAUAAUAAUUUUAAUGGGAAUUUGAAUUAUUAA